GGCCAGGUCCCGCCCCAUGUCACCACGGAGCACAUGAGCAACUGGCUGGUGUCUCAGGGCAAAAAAUCCCUUAGGGAGAGGGUGUGGAAGGAAACCCUGGAGGAGGGAAACGACCUCGCUCGGCUGGCCUGGGAAGUAAACACUUGCCUAAAAAUGAUGGACAUAGAGCACGAGGCUUUCUGCAAGCUCCGCCGCUCCAUGCACUCCACCUCGGCAGCUGACAUCGAUCCUAAAGUCCACAUCAUCGUGGAGAGAGCUGUGAGGAGCAUUCUGGGCGAGCAGUCCAAUGAGCCCCGCAGCAACCUGCUCAGCCCAUCUCAGGUGGUGGUGGAGGUGGUGCCCAGGCUCCUCCUGGCCCUGUGGCUUCAGCCAGAGGAAGGCCAUUCAGAGAUCCCAAUCCUAAUAAGUGGGAUGGCCGUGGGCAUGGUGGCGGCCGUAGUGGAGAAGCUCUCCUGUUUGUUAAAGGACCCUUCCCCUCACAUCCAUUUCUCCCGGGCUGCUGCUUUUGACUCUGUGCGGUCGAUCCUCGGGAGAAUCAGUCAGUCCUUCUCCACGGAUGACCUCCAGAGCCCUUUUUAUAUGAGCUCUGUCUGUGCCUUUGUGGUGGACGAGGUGCAGAGCUGCUUCCAGCCCCCUGCAGCCACCCUACCAGUCCCCCCUGUCCUCGCGGUGGCCGUUUCCACCACACUACCAGCUGACAACCAAGCAGACCCGGGUUCUUCCCACCUGAAUGUUGUGGACAUCACCCCAAAAACAGAGGCAGACCCAGCUUCUUCCCACAUGGAGGUUGCGGACAUCACCCCCAACACAGAGGCAGAUCCGGCUUCUUCCCACCUGAAUGUUGUGGACAUCACCACUAACAAAGAGGCAGAUCCGGCUUCUUCCCACCUGAAUGUGGUGGACAUCACCACUAACAAAGAGGCAGAUCCGGCUUCUUCCCACCUGAAUGUGGUGGACAUCAUCACUAACACAGAGGCAGACCCAGCUUCUUCCCACCUGAAUGUGGUGGACAUCACCCCUAAUACAGAGGCAGCGCCCAUCUCUUCCCACUUGGAGGUUGUGGACGUCACACCUGAAGAAAGGAAUCUCACGAUGGCCGUCUUCGCCACUCUGCCAGCUGACAUCCAAGCAGAGGAUGUUGCUGUGGUCAUCCUGGAUGUCACCCCACAUGUCACCAAGGACGUGACACUGGAUGUUCCAUGCAGAGCAAGGAAAGGGGCAGUCCGGCGAUUAUUUUGCAGGCUUUGGAGGGCAGUGUGCUGCUGCGCCUGCCACAAGGAAGAGGAUGAACAAUAUUAAUCAUUCAUCAGACCUUCAGAAAUGGGAUUGAA